AUGGUGCAAGUGAAAAUGUCCCAGUCGGCCGCAGACCCGCUGCCUGGCGCCGAGAGCGGCUCUCAGUCCCAUUAUUUUCAGUUGCCAAGAAAGCUGCCAAAGCGCAAGAGCCGCUUCAAACGCUCGGACGGCAGCACCUCAUCUGACACCACGUCCAGCUUCAUCAAGCGGCAGGGUUCAGCCGAUUCGUACACAAGCAGACCUUCGGAUUCCGACCUGUCAGCAGAGGAGGACCGCGAGGCGUAUCGGCGUGAAGCCGAGCGCCAGGCUCAGCUACAGCUUGACAGAGCCAAGUCGAAGCCUGUGGCUUUCGCGGUGCGGACGAAUGUAAAUUACUGUGGGGCUCUUGAUGAGGACUGUCCUGUUCAAGGUGCUGCCAUAAACUUUGAAGCCAAAGAUUUUCUGCACAUUAAAGAGAAGUACAAUAAUGACUGGUGGAUUGGGAGGCUGGUGAAAGAGGGCGCCGACAUCAGCUUUAUCCCAAGCCCUUUACGUCUGGAGGCCAUGAGGCUCAAGCAGGAGCAGAAACAGAGGAAAAGUGGAGGUAAUUCCUCCUCCAGCCUGGGUGACAUGGUGUCCGGAGGCUGGAGACCCACACCGCCCUCUGCAGGUGAGACCAAACAGAAGCAAAAGCAGGCUGAACACAUUCCUCCCUAUGAUGUGGUGCCGUCCAUGAGACCUGUGGUUUUAGUUGGACCUUCCCUGAAGGGCUAUGAGGUGACUGAUAUGAUGCAGAAAGCUCUCUUUGAUUUUCUGAAACACCGCUUUGAAGGAAGGAUUUCUAUAACACGAGUAACUGCUGACCUCUCCCUGGCAAAAAGAUCGGUCCUCAACAAGAGACCCAUCAUGGAGAGAUCCAACACUCGCUCCAGUCUGGCGGAGGUGCAGAGUGAGAUUGAGAGGAUAUUUGAGUUGGCGAAAACUCUCCAGCUGGUUGUUUUGGAUGCAGACACCAUCAAUCAUCCAGCCCAACUGGCCAAAACCUCACUAGCCCCCAUCGUUGUGUAUGUUAAGGUCUCCUCACCAAAGGUCUUACAGAGGUUAAUAAAGUCGAGGGGUAAAUCCCAGAGCAAACAUCUGAAUGUACAGAUGAUGGCAGGAGAUAAACUGGCGCAGUGCCCACCUGAGAUGUUUGAUGUCAUUCUGGAUGAGAACCAACUAGAGGAUGCCUGUGAACACCUGGCUGAAUACCUGGAGGUGUACUGGCGUGCCACUCACCUGCCAGGCACCGCCCCCCUCAACCCACUGCUGGAGCAAAAUCUGAUGAGUCUCCCUUCAGCCAUCUCCAGCCUACAGAACCAGAACCAGCAGCUGUUGUCGGCGGGGGGUGCGGGGGGUGUGGAGGAGGAAGAGCAGGGAGAGCAGGACAGCCUCAUGCCAUCAGACGAGGCCAGUGACUCGCGCUCGCUCCGGCGCAGCACUUCGCGCUCCCUGCACCCCCCAGAGGAUGAUGAAGAGGAGGAGGAGGAGGAAGAGGAGUGUGAGGAAGAAGAGGAAGAGUAUGAGCCCCCCCGACACUCCCACACAUACCGGGAUGCGUAUCCGCCCAACAGGAACCAUCCUGGCGGCGUCCACAGCGCCAACGGGCACGAGUCACAGGACCGGCUGCUGCAGCAACGAGACUCACAGGACGGCCACAAUCACCGUGGCAACCGGCAGCGCCCGCGGGCCUGGCCAAGAGAUAACUACUGAGAGCCGAGUGCAGAGAUCAGAGGAGGAUGAAUAGAGGAGUGUGAGUGUACGGUAGUGUAUGGAGAACAGGGGUGCAGCUCUGCGGGGGUUAAAGUUGCAAGAGGAACUAAAGCACUGAAAAAAAGAAUGAAUUUAAUUUACUUGAUUCAAAUGUGUUCAAAUCAUUCUGCUUAAAUAUAUCACAUUAACACAACCGAAAAAGAUUAAACAUGGAUAUGUUGGGAUACUAAACUCACUCGCGGCGAGCAUUUCAGCGCUGCUCCUGCAGGCUCCGCGUCAGGGGCUCAUUCAGUGGGGCAGUGCCCCGUCACCCAGUCAUCAUGCCCCUCACCCCCAAAGGCCCCUCUCACCAUCUAGUCCUGUUGCUGAGCCUGUAGUUCUGAAAAGCCACCAUUCCACACAUCUCACUCCUAAAAGAUAAAAUAACAAUGUGUGUGAGAAAGUCUGCAGAUGAAAAUACUAAAGUCGAGCGUAGAAACGGUGGAAAGUGGUGGAAAGCCGGCCACUCUGGACAAACAGAUGAGAGAAUUCAGCAAACCUGCUCAAACACAUGGCAGAACGAUUCAAUCUGCCAUCCAGAUGAAGGGUAUGCAGCAAAAUACUACCAAAUACAGCACUAAAUGCUCAUUUAUAUUAAUUAAUUAGUUUGAAUACUUUUACUUUAUCAAAGAUCUUCUGAGUUAUUUUAAACUUGGUCUUUAUUAUUGAUUGAAGUAAAUAAUAAAUUCAUUAUUAUUAAAUAUGAUAUGAAUUUGCCCCAAGACUACUACAGAGUGUCCAUGACUACUUUUGAGCACUGUAAGUAAAAGAGCCAAAAUUGUGUUGAAGUAAUAUCAUUUACUGUGGAAAAUGAACACAUUUGACCCAGUUUGGUUCAGUGCAUCACUGUUCUUCAGCGUACAGUGAGUUGCUCUAUGGGCUCCACAGCACCGCAGUUUAUUGCACUAUUGUGGUUCAUUUACAAGGCAGCUCGCCUCUAUUAGGCUCAAGAUCAUGUCCAUCUGGAGGAAGUGAUUUGAGCAUUUUUAAGUCCAACACUGGUCAGUGUAACAGAAAUCGAGCUAAUUUAAGCCCUGUACCUAAUGAGGAUCAAUGAGGAUCAAAGGGGACAGGAGAAGCACUUUUUCAGCAUGAAAUAUAAAACAGUGAAAAUAUCUGUAGCAUUUUGUUGCAUCUCAGCCUUUCUUAGGGUUUCUCUUGUUGAGGUAGAUAUUUUUAAAAGCGUCCAUACGACUUUUAAGAAAGCAAGUCGUGUACGUGAAUGCUCACCUUUUUCUGUGACCAUUCAGAGAUGUAGCAUACAGUGUUUGACCCCCCCACCCCCCCACCCCCAGGUCCCCAAAAAGACCAUGUAUUUGCUGAAGACAUUAAGGAGAGGGUGGUCCGAACAGGGUAGCGUUCUCGAAUAGAGACGACCAGUGAGAUGGAUGCUGCUGAUUGCAUAUAACCCUUUUUCACUUCGUCUUCCCGUGCCACCCCCCCCCCCCCU